UAGCUGCCUUAUUACCAACAAAGGCGUCUUGGGACGCGCUUCCAUUGUCUCCGAGGGAAUCUUCACCUAUUCUCAGUGAAAUCCGCCGCAGAUUGCCUGCAACAGGAGGUAGGGAUUAAAGAUACGGCCCUAGGAACGAACAAAUGGUGAGGCUGGUCAGCCAGGACAGGCCGGAGGCGGGGCCGAGCGACACCCACAAUUAAAGAUUGAACUUUGUGUGAACUAAUGUAUCUGCAGGAGGAGAAGCCUGCUCGCUGUCCUGGCAGCCUAUAAAAGACGCUGGUUGUACACUGGCUCCUCAGUAGCUGACAGAGGUUUAUUUGAACGCUGUUGAUGCUUCAAUAAAACACUGCUUGUCACAGAAUCCGCUGCAACAUGGCUCUGAGCACGCUCCUGGCCACGCUCCUGUGCACCAUCGUGCUUCCUAUCCUGCUGUUUCUGGUCGCGGUGAAACUGUGGGAAGUCUACAUGAUCCGAGGCAGAGACCCGCGCUGCCCCAGCCCGCUGCCCCCCGGGUCCAUGGGCUUACCCUUCAUUGGAGAGACGCUGCAGCUCAUUCUCCAGAGGAGAAAGUUUCUGCGGAUGAAGCGACAGAAGUAUGGUUACAUCUACCGCACACACCUUUUCGGGAACCCCACGGUGCGCGUAACCGGAGCGGAUAACAUCAGGCACAUUCUGCUGGGGGAGCACAGGCUCGUGUCCGCGCAGUGGCCCGCGUCUGUGCGUACCAUUCUGGGCUCGGACACGCUGUCUAACGUACACGGAAUCCAGCACAGGACCAGGAAAAAGGCCAUCAUGCGGGCCUUCUCUAGGGAGGCUCUGGAGCUCUACAUCCCUGUCAUUCAGGAGGAGGUGCAGGCUGCGGUGAAGGAGUGGCUGGCGAAGGACUCCUGUGUGCUGGUCUACCCUGAGAUGAAGCGACUGAUGUUCCGCAUAGCCAUGAGGAUCCUACUGGGCUUUGAGCUGGAGCAGAUUAAGACUGAUGAACAGCAACUGGUGGAAGCUUUUGAGGAAAUGAUCAAGAAUUUGUUUUCUCUGCCUAUUGAUGUACCCUUCAGUGGACUGUACAGGGGUCUGAAGGCUAGGAACUUCAUCCACUCCAAGAUAGAGGAGAGUAUCAAGAAGAAGGUGCUGGAGUCGGACGGUGAGUCCAGCCACAGCGACGCUCUGCAGCAACUCAUAGACAGCAGCAAGAAGAACGGAGAGCCCUUCAGCAUGCAGGCCAUUAAGGAGUCUGCUACAGAACUGUUGUUUGGGGGCCAUGAAACCACGGCUAGCACAGCCACCUCUCUGGUCAUGUUCCUGGGCUUGAACCCUGACAUUGUGGAUAAACUGAGGCAGGAACUCAAGGACAAAGAGGAGCAAGGGAUGGACCUCCAGAGUCUGACCAUCAAGUCCUUGGAGCAGUUAAAAUACACUGGCUGUGUCAUUAAAGAGACUCUGAGAAUCAACCCUCCUGUCCCUGGCGGCUUUAGAGUGGCCCUCAAGACUUUUGAACUCAAUGGUUACCAAAUUCCCAAAGGCUGGAAUGUUAUCUACAGCAUUUGUGACACCCAUGAUGUGGCAGAGAUCUUUCCCAACAAGGAAGACUUCCAGCCAGAGCGCUUCAUGACCAAACCUUCAGCUGACUCCUCCAGGUUCCAGUAUGUCCCAUUUGGAGGGGUCCAGAAGGAAUUUGCCAAAGUCCUGCUGUAGAUCUUCCUGGUGGAAGUGGUUACAAAGUGUCACUGGACUCUUUUAAAUGGGCCACCCACCAUGAAAACAGCACCUACUGUCUAUCCUGUGGACAAUCUGCCAACCAAGUUUAAGAGCUAUGUACAACAUUAAACUGAGAUGACGAGGAGUCGUGUUUUCUAAAGCUGUGUGAAAUUUGAGGAUUCUCAAAAGUCUUGGCUCAUGUGUGUUUUGUGUCCAAAUCCACAGGGGUAACUGUAACCAAGGCACUUGGAGUUUUUGGAAGCACUCGGGUGUUCUUAGGAAACAGAUCAAAGGUUGCACUUAACACAAGCAGAGAAAAUAUGUUCUUCUGGACUUGUCAAUGUGGCCUUUUAACAUGAACUGUACAGACUAUAGAUGAUUUGAGAAUGUAUUUUAUGUUUUGAUGUUAAUACUGUAGAAUUGUGUGUAUGUAUUUACAUAUAUGAACAAAAUAAACAAGAGGCACUAUACACAGACUUGGAAGACUAAUUAGCUCAGAGGUGUAUCCAUAUGUUUAUAUACAAUAUAUAACCUCUAUA